AUGGCAGCUGCAGUGGGGGGGAGAGGUUUCCUUGUGCAGCCAUGCUCUUUAUCCUUUGUUUCUAAUAAGAACGUACUGAAGCACUCAUUUGGUGCAGCAAACACUUGCUGGCAUGUCAAACCAGCAAAACCUCAAGGUUUUGCCCGACACGUGGCCCAUGCCCAGCUGCGCCCUACAUGGCUCCCUGGGCUCGACCCCCCACCCUACCUUGAUGGAAGCUUCACCCUCUGUCUCUCUCUGGAGGGGAAUUUCGUCUUUUCAAUUAGCUUGGCUGGGGAUUUUGGGUUUGACCCCCUUGGGCUUGGGGAGGACCCGGAAAGCUUGAGGUGGUAUGUGCAGGCAGAGCUGGUUCAUGCUCGCUUUGCAAUGCUUGGAGUUGCAGGAAUUCUUCUAACAGAUUUACUGCGUGUAACAGGGCUUCUCAGUAUACCAGUUUGGUACAAAGCAGGUGCAGUAAAAUUUGGCUUUGCCAAUACAGAGACUCUGUUCCUUGUCCAACUAAUCUUGAUGGGAUUUGUUGAAACUAAAAGAUACAUGGAUUUCAAAAGUCCAGGAUCUCAAGCCCAAGACGGUUCCUUCUUCGGAUUGGAAGCUGCACUAGAAGGUUUAGAACCUGGAUAUCCUGGUGGGCCUUUGUUAAAUCCUCUUGGUCUGGCAAAAGAUAUCAAGAAUGCUCAUGAAUGGAAGCUUAAAGAGAUUAAGAAUGGGCGCCUUGCAAUGGUAGCCAUGCUUGGCAUCUUUGUGCAAGCUUCUAUUACUCAUGUAGGACCAAUUGAUAAUCUUGUGGAUCACCUAUCCAACCCAUGGCACAGAACCAUUAAUACAAUGAGGAAAGGAGCUAAAAGGAAGGUCAGCCAGAGAGAAGACAACAAGGAAAACUCGACCAAGCCAGACAACCACAAAGAACAUCCCAGCAAGGCCAGCACUCGAUCAAAGCGGGUCAAGGCCUCCCACCCUGAAUCCGAGCCAGAGUACUUGGAGGAGCCCCGCAACUUGGAAGAUCUCUGGAAGGCUGCUUUUCCUGUUGGGACAGAAUGGGAUCAAUUGGACGCGGUGUACCGGUUCAAGUGGGAUUUCUCAAAUCUGGAACAAGCAUUUGAAGAGGGGGGCAAGCUGUAUGGGAUUGGGAACAACAAAGUCUAUCUCUUUGGUGGUACGGAGCCUCAACAAGUUCCUUUCAAGGGUAAAUUGGAAAUUGUUUACAUACCUAUUGUGGUGGCUGUUGUAUCUCCUUGCCCACCUUCUGAUAAAAUUGGGAUCAAGUCAGUUCAGAGAGAGACUGAAGAAAUAGUUCCAAUGAAAGAGAUGAAGAUGGACUGGGUUCCAUAUAUUCCUCUGGACAAGAGAGACCGCCAAGUUGUGGAAUAUGGGCGAAAAUCUCCUCAAAUAUUUGUGUUGGGAUGCACUCAGAGAAGGGCUGCUUUGAAGCACAUGAAGAUAGACCGUCUAAAGAAAUUUGAUUACUGCUUGCCAUAUUUGAUGCCGAUCAAGGAAGAGGAGCUUGAGCUGAGCACUGAGGUGGACAUACUUUUCCCAGCAGAGCCAAAUCCACCGGUUUACUGCGUAUUUGAUUGGCAGUUUGAUGAAGUUGAGGAGUUUGCUGAUGAUCGGAUAAAAGAAGAGGAACUAUCGGCUGAUCAAAAGGAUGCCUUCAUGGAGUUUGUCAAGGAGAAAGUACGCCAGCAAAAGAGAGAGAAUCGAGAGAAAAAGGAAGCCCGCAGGCAAGCCUUUGAGAAAAUGAGUGUGGAAGCUAAAGCAGCAUUCGAAAAUUUGAAGUAUUAUAAGUUCUAUCCGGUGCAAACAGCGGAUACUCCUGACAUAUCAGCUGUUAAGGCUUCAUACAUCAAUAGGUACUACAACAAGGCUCAUGAGAUCCUUGUUUGGCCUGUGCCUCCUACUGUUGCUGCACCGUGGGAUAAAAUCAACGGUUGUGAUCUAAUAUGUGAGCAAGACUUGAAGAUAGACCGUGUCAUGAAAUUUCAGUACUCGUUGCCUUACUUAAGGCAGAUUGUGGAAGAUGAGGAGGAGCAGAGCACUGAGGUUGAUACACUUUUUCCACAAGACCCAAAUCCGCCGAUUCUCUAUGGGUUUGAUGAAGUUAAGGAGGUGGCCGGUAAGCUGAUAGAAAAUGAGGAAUUGUAUAAAGAUCUAAAGGAUGUCUUCAUGGAGUUUGUGAGGGAGAAAGUGCGAGAAAAGAGGAGACAUAACCGAGAGAGAAACGAAGCCCGGAGAAGAAUAAUGGAAGAAAAUGAGCCAGCAAGAGAUGAAGAUAUGAGGAUUUACAACUUCUACCCCAUACAAACACCACAAACCCCUCCCAUAACUCUCAGGACUCGAUACAUUAACAUAUAUUACAGAAGUGCUCAUGAGGUUCUCUGA